UUAAAUCAUGGUUUUAAAGCUUUACAAAGUAGACGCGAGCCCACCGGCCAGGGCUGCAUUGAUGACUAUUGAAGCUGCCAACAUUCCUAAUGUAGAAUUAGUGGAUGUUAAAUUUCAAGAAGGAGAGCAUCUAGAAGAAGAAUACUUAAAGAAAAAUCCGCAACACACUGUGCCGACUUUGGAGGAUGAUGAUUUUUAUAUUUGGGACAGUCACGCAAUAGCUGUAUAUUUGCUAACAAAAUACAGUAAAAACACAACACUUUAUCCAUCGGACCCCAAGCAGCGUGCGAUCAUAGACCAGAGACUGCACUUCGAUAGUGGUAUACUCUUCCCGAAUCUACGUGGAUCUAUCGAACCAGUACUUUAUCGCGGUGAAAAAUCAAUUAAACAAGAAGCAUUGAAUAAAAUUAAAUCUGGGUAUGAAUUCUCUGAAAAAUUCCUAACAAAGCGUUGGAUCGCAGGAGAUGAAUUCACUCUAGCCGACAUUUUCUUCAUGGCCUCUAUCAGAUCAUCGCACGAGAUACUUCCCAUCGACGGUGCAGAGUUUCCCAAACUCACUGCGUGGUUGAAUCGGUGUAAAGAGCUGGAUUAUCACAAGAAAAUAAAUGAGCCAGGAUCGGUACAGCUUGGCAACGUAAUAAGGAGUUUACUUAGUUGA